AACAAGAGAUGCAGAUGGAGAUGGAGCGAAACUUGGUAAAAGAAGACAAUUCACCAAUGAAGAGAGAUGGCCGAGUCUUAACGAGGUGUCCCAAUCUUAGGAUCAUGAGGAGCCUCAGGAAUGCGGAAGGCAUCGAGGAGGCGCAUGGCGGCAAGGUCGUCGGCCGCGACGAUGAGAAUGGCGUGGUGACGGUGAAGAUUGUGGUGACCAAAGAGCAGCUGAGGCAGAUGGUUGCGUCGACAGGCCGAGGAUGGAGCAAUGCCGGCCUUCAUCAGUUGGCAGCCCCGCCGAGCAUGGAGCAGUUGCUGCAUGUGCUUAGGAGACGGCAUAUGAAGAAAGCUGAGGCCGGGAAAGGUUGUAAUGGGAGUGGCUGGAGGCCUGCGCUUCAGAGCAUCCCUGAGGAAAAUUAAGGAUAUGUAUGACGAUUGACAAUAUACUGCUUACUUUGAGGUUGGCCCUAACAGGGCUUAAUGAUGUAUAUCUGUAGAGCUCCAGCUAAUAUCUUUGUUUCCUUGGGUUCUGAUGACCUUAAUGAUCAGAUGUACCACGGUUUGUUUAUUUUGCACUUCGUUUUUUUUUUUCUUGGUUGAAGGAAAGUUUAGAGAUGUAGCACUCAACGUGGAGAACCUUUCGGCUAUUUAGAAUGAAAGUGCAAGGAUUUGAUA